AUGAAGAAGAAAGCGGGGACCUUCGGGUGUGUUUGGGAGCCACGUCGCAUUCUGCAAUGGCUGACACCUGCCAAAAAGUGGAGGGGCAAGGGCGCCUCGAUGUAUGCGUCGGGGGAGGAGGAGGACGAGCUUCCCCGCUCCUACAGUGUUCUGCUGAUGCGGCUGGCAACCAUGGCGCUGCUGACGGUGCUGCUCGCGGGGGUGGCCAUGAUGGCCUUCUUCUUCACGCACACCGCGUCCGUGAAGACGAUCGACAUCCUGGGGAAGGACAUACGCGCGGACCUGCUCGCGCGCACAGGGGACCAGCUGCGCGCGCUGCUCGAGACGCAGAGCCUUUGCAGCACGUCCCUCGCGAACGCGCUCGUCGACGAGCUUAGCGACGCGGCCGCGUGGGACUCGGCCGCGUUCGAACGCAUGGGCCGGCGGCUCUCCAUCGGCUCCUUCGUCCAGUACAACGAGGUCAUGACCGGCGUCGGGUAUUGCAUGACGGACGGCGUCGGCUCUUACAGCCUCGCGGGGGACGCCAGCAAGCCCCUGGGGGCCAGCCCAACCUUCAGCACCUUCUUCAGCAACACGUCGAGUGCCCGGAACGUUGCCCCGCCCUCCUACUUCGCAAUCAUCGACACCGCGACCCGCCAUCCCGUCCAGCUCUUCCGCGGCUUCAGCAAUGCGGACUGCCGCGCGAUCCAGUCGUUCGACUUCGACGCCGUCAUGUGGGAUCCCUCGGGGUCCGUUCUGAACCUCAUCCCGGAGGCGCUCACCGGGUUCCCCAACCUGGUGCGCGGCAGCCGGUUCGAGUAUACCGGACCGAGAGUCGGUACGCACCGCGGGCUGGCCACGUGCCUCAUCUCCCUCACCACGGUCAGCGACUUUCUGGCGGGGCUCGAUCUAAACAAGGGGACGAUCUACGUCACGAACGGGAGCGUCCUGAUGGCGUCUUCCGCCGGUGCAGACGCCCCGUCCGGCGGCGUGUCUCAGUUCGUCAUCCCCGAGCAGUCGAGCAUCCCGAUCAUCCGCGCCACCGCCGCGUUCCUCCGCUCGGUGGGUUCUGCCGGAACGACGGACAACGCGGCCGUGGACGCGGUGGCCUCGUUCGCGGACGUCCGCCUCCUGGGGGCGGAGCAUUUCGUACAGACCCAGAGCUUUUCGUACCGCGGGAUGCGCGUGACGGUCGUGAUGGCGCACCCGCGGAGGAGCCUCAUGGGCGCGGUUGAUCGCACCGCCACCCGCACGAUCGUCGCGGUCGCCACGUGUACGGCUGCGGUGGGUUUGCUGGGGGUGUUCAUGGUGUUCCUGCUGACCAGCCCCAUCAGCAACGAGAUCAAACUAGAGCGGGAGCUGUUCCGGCAGCUGGCGGCGAAGCGGCGCGCCGAGGCCAUGAGCGAGACCAAGAGCCGGUUCAUGGCCAACAUGAGUCACGAGCUUCGGACUCCCAUGGCCAGUAUCCUGGGCCUCCUGGACUUGCUACUGGACGACUCGCUCGCGCCCCCCCAGACGCGCGCAGUUCUCCAGAUCCGCGACUGCGCGGCCUCGCUGCUGGUGAUCCUGAACGACAUUCUAGACUUCUCCAAGGUUGAAGCGGGAAAGAUGGACCUGGAGUCCGUGCCCUUCGACCUGAUCGAGACCCUGGAGGAUCUCGUUGAGUUGAUGACCGUGCAAAGCGCGCAGCAGGGCGUCGAACUUGCGCUAGACCUGCCAGAUACCCUGGGCCACACGAUUGGCGACCCGGUCAGAGUGCGGCAGAUCUUUACCAACCUGUUGAGCAACGCCAUCAAAUUCACUCGGGAGGGUUACGUGGUUAUCCGAGGACGUCCCGACGGAACUAGAGCGGGGUGGCUCGUCUUCGAAGUUGAGGAUACCGGAUGCGGCAUCCCCAAAACCCACGUUCAGUCCGUGUUCGAAGCCUUCGUUCAAGUCGACCUUAGCACAACCCGGGUAUAUGGCGGGACCGGGUUAGGCCUAACCAUCGUCAAGUCGCUCGUCGAACUGAUGGGCGGCACAAUCACGAUCGAGGACAAAGUCGGCCCCGGUACUCUCUUCCGGAUCCGCCUGUGCCUCGAAAAGGAAACCGGGCCGAGCAACCGGACACCUUUUUCUGGCACGUCCCCCGGUAAAACCACCUCCCAAUUGUCAGACGCGCAACAGAACCAGAGCACAGACCAAAAUUUGGGAUCGCUUAGCACUGUCCACGGGAACGCAACGCCAAAGCGUCUGGUCCCGUUUCCGGGCGCGCGCGCGCUGCUUCUCGUGCGCGGGGCGGUGGGCGCGUCGCUCGCGGCGCGGACUCUGGAAGAGGUCGGGUGGACGUCUUUGGCAGUAGACUCCUGGGAGGGCGCUCUCGCGGCGCUCAACCGGUCGGAGCCCACUUUGGCGCCUGGUCAUCAGCCGGACCCUGAAGCUUUUUCUCCGAGAAAGCGGUCCUCGCUAGAGGACGCUCACCCGUUCAUGUCGUCGGACGUCGAGUUUUCGACGUCAGCCCUCGCGACCCGGAUAAGCGGUGAGUCGUCACGGAGAGGGGCGUUCGCACUCAUCCUGUUGGAUUACGCCUUGCUGCCACCUGGCAGCGACGGCGUGCCGGAUGCGCCGCGGGGUUUAGCGGAACUGCGCCGCGCGCUUUCCGGCGGGAGCAACGCGGGGGAUGCGGAAACGGAAAAGAGCUCGGGAGAAAGGGUCGCGCCGACUGACCGGCAUGCCCCAAGCGAACAACAGCCCGGUUCCACCGAAGUCAGCGACCUACCGAGGGAACUUCUGGACACGGGAGCCCCCCGUAUUGUGUGGCUGGUAGAUGCGGACGUCCACGAGUCGGUCCGCCAAGCGCUGCGGACGUCUGUUGUCGGAGCCCUGGUCGUGCAGAAGCCCCUGUUUAGAUCCGGGGUGCGCCGGGCGCUGCAAGAGCUUGUUGCCACGUGUCGAGCUGAGGAAGGAAGCUGUCCACGUGGCGAGGCGGUCUCGCCUUUGAGGACGAGUGCGGGUAUUUCUGUAGCACCGGAACCGCCUCUGGCCGACGAACCAGCUGUCAACCUUCUGUUGGUCACCCGAGACACAAACUUCCGGCCAGACGCGUUCUUAGUCGCGUCGAGCCCACGUGACGCACAACCAACGGCACCAGAAACUUUCGAAGCGCCCGCAAACUCUCUAAAGCCGGAGCCCGAGCUCCGCUCCGCGGCUCUCCCGGUCCUCGAGAGGCUGGGCAUUGAGGAAAAGGCCGGUUCGAAAAACGGGUCGCCUAAAAACGGGUCGCCCCGGGGGCGCCUCAGCCCGGAAGCCCAGCUCGCGGUUGACACUUUCAAGAGCAAGGGGUUCAGGGCGCUGGUCGUAGAGGACACGCCGGUGUUACGCCAGCUGGCGCAGUCGAUCCUGGGCAAGCUCAACGUGCGGGUGACCGCGGUGGAGAACGGACUGCUGGCGGUGGACGCCGUUGUUGCCGCCAACGUGGACAGAUCGGACGGCGCGCAGCCGUUCGAUUUCAUCCUGAUGGACUGCCAGAUGCCCGUCAUGGACGGCUACGCCGCUGUCCGCGCCAUCCGCGCGGCGGAGCACGAGCGCGGCAUCCCGCGCGAGCAGCGCGCGCGCAUCCUGGCGCUGACGGCGCACGCCUUGGUGGAAGACGAGGCCAAGUGCCUGGCCGCGGGUAUGGACUACUACCUCACGAAGCCCCUCAACAUCGGAAAGCUGGCGGUGGCUGUUGCGCAGGAGCUUCCUGGCACGUAA